AUGCUCUCCUACAUCUACCUCGCCUUGCUAGUGGCUGCAAGCCAUGUCCAAUCAACUCCCGCUGCUGCUACUGCCCAGAACGUAAUCUGCAAAGCCCGCAAUGGUUAUUACAAAACAGACGCGAAUUGUGAUACAUACAUUGAAUGCCGGGACUAUCAAGCUACUAACAUGAUAUGCCCGGAUGGUCUGCACUUUAAUCCUAGCGUGGAAUGGCCGGCAUAUCCUUGCGGUUAUCCAGUUGAAGUGACAUGUGUAGGAAGAGGGAGCAUCCAGCCUGCCCAAACAACACCGGAUUGCCCGCACCAAUAUGGCAUCUUCAAACAUCCUAACGCUUCGCCCACCAAUUGUGGCCAGUACCGAACAUGCGUAGGUGGUCGUGCUUUCGACAUGGUAUGCCCGCCGGGACUAGCAUUCAAUCCAGACUUCAGCCGCUGUGACUGGGCCGACCUUGUACCUUCCUGUGAUGCUGAAAAAUUCUUGGGUUUCACUUGCCCCCCUGCUCCUUUGGAUGCUAUCGGCAAUCCUCUGAAUAAUGUGAUAAACUACAAGUACGAAGGCAACUGCUACUACUUCUUCUCCUGUGAGCAAAAUCGGGCUAGAUUGCUGUCCUGCGACAUCGGUCUUGCAUUCGACCCCACGACUGGACGGUGCGUCGACGCAGACAGAGUCCAGUGCAAUGCAACGCAAAACACAAAUGACAAGAAUCAUAUAUGA